AUGGCUAUUCUUAAUUGUAAACUAUCAGGGCGCACUGGGUUAGUAUGGAUUGUGCUCAUAAUUGGUGGGAUAAUCAUAGCAGCAUCUGCUUCAGCGGCUUUCACCUCGUCAAGCCUCCAAAACCAUAGUCCAGAUUCUUGUAGACCAACAGUUAUCGCUCACAGAGGAGCUAGCGGUUACGCACCUGAACACACCCUGGGGUCAUACGCACUAGCUAUAACUAUGGGUGCCGAUUACAUAGAACCUGAUUUAGUUAUGACAAAGGAUGGCGUUAUGAUAGCAAGACAUGAUAAUGAACUGGGCCUAACAACAAACAUUGCUGAACAUCCAGAAUUCGCAGAUAGGCGUAAAACGCAAACAAUAGACGGUAAAGAAGUGACUGGCUGGUUCACGGAAGAUUUUACUCUGUCAGAAAUCAAGCAGCUAAAAGCAGUUGAAAGAAUACCAGAGGUACGACCAGGUAAUGCGAGAAUGAACGAUGUAUUCGACAUUCCCACGUUUCAAGAAAUUAUUGAUUUAGUGAAAAGUUUACAGACUUUCCAAAAACGAACAAUUGGGAUAUACCCAGAAAUCAAACAUGGCAGUCACUUUAAGAAACUAGGAUUGGCUAUGGAACGCUUGGUAGUGGACACCUUUCAUACAAAUGGUUAUAGAGACCGCGAUUCACCCGUUUAUAUCCAGUCGUUUGAAGUGCAAAACCUGAAAGAGUUGAAAGAAAUGACUAACCUCCGCCUGCUCCAAUUAUAUGAAAGUGAUAAGAGUUCUCAGCCUGCAGAUCAAGUAAUUUUAGGAACUAAUCUGACGUACGGAAUAAUGGCAACGCCUGAAGGCUUAGCCGAAGUUGCAAAGUACUCAUAUGCUGUAGGACCCGACAAAUCAUACAUAAUUCCUCGGAAUGAUGAUAAUAAGCUGGGGGAACCUACAACAUUCGUGGCUGACGCUCACAAAGCUGGUUUAAAAGUCCAUCCCUAUACAUUUCGAGCAGAGAAUACAUUUUUACCUAAAGAAUUUCAAAGUAGCGAUACAGCUCCUUCAGCUAGAGGUAAUCUAGCUGGUGAACUAAGAGCAUAUAUCGAUGCUGGUAUAGAUGGCUUAUUUUCAGAUCAACCUGACAUACCUUUAGGUAUUCGUAAUUGCUAA